UUCUUCUUUUUUUUCUAUGGGAUUGUUCCUCAGCUGAGACCUAACCUAAACAUUGCGACAGACUGCGUCUGCGAAUCGUUUUGUUUUGGUUGUAGGAGAAAAUAAACUUGAGCCAAAAUGCAGAAUAACUUUCAGCAACAAAAUAUUGUGAACCAACCAGUGGGACAUCUGACCCAGAAUAACGGUAUUAUUGGAAAUUCUAUGCCCCAUGAAAAUCAAGUAUCAGGCCACAACAAUAUGACCGAUUCUCAAGCUAUGCAAGGUGCACACACACAGCACAUGCAACAGACCCAUGGACAAAAUUCUGCUAUGAUGAAUAAGCCCGCCACUCAACAUGUGAAUAGUGGAGAAGGGCCCCAGAUCGUGUCCAGGCAAAAGCUACAAGACUUAGUGAGAGAAAUUGAUCAUACAAUAACUCUUGAAGAUGAUGUUGAGGAUAUUCUUUUAUCGUACGUUGAUGACUUCGUUGAUAGAUGUCUUAAUGGGGCAACGUUGAUUGCAAAGAAUCGAAAUGGCAAUAGCAUUGAGGUUAAAGAUGUUCAGCAAUUUCUCAAUCGUAAUUACAACAUGUGGACACCUGGUUUUGGAACAGACGAAUUGAGGCCAUAUAAGAGAAGUCUUACCACAGAAGCUCAUAAACAGAGAAACGCUCUCAUAAGAAAAACUGUAAAAAAAUACUGAAAUAAUGUAGUA